UUUUUUUUUUCUGAAAGUUUACAUUUUAAAUUGUUUUCAACAAUCAUAAAAUCAUUUAAUCAGUGUAAUGCCAUUAUAACCAUAAUCAUUUUACUGCAGAUUUCUACCUCAAGUGCUAUAACCACUUGUUCAAUCGAUGGUACUCCAAUAAGUUGAAAUGAUUGGAAGCUUUAUAUUUUUAAUCUUUUGUGUGGGGUACAAUGAAGCCUAUAUCGAUAUCAUAGACAAUCUAGAUUACGCACGUGUUAGUGGUACGUUUAUUCCGAUCAACGAAAUUCUAAAUUCUGAAAGCUCCCAACAGUUAUCACAGCGCGAUUCAGAACUAAAUUUGUUUGAUGAGUUUGAAAGAAUUAAAGAUUUUGUAAUAAAAGUUAAAGAUGCGAUCGAUAAUAAAAGAGCUACAGUUCAACUUUAUGAAAAUUGUGAUGUUGAUGUUUCUGGUAAUGAUCCAAUUUAUUCUAUAACAGCUGGAGAUUCUUGCGUAGAUAAAAUUAAUAUUGGUGUAGUUAUCAACAAAUUCUUUGGAAACUUUGAUAUUGAGCUUCUUUCUUCAGGUUUUGUUCAAAGUAAUAAAUUUCUAUUGGAAUCGUUCGAGAUAAAUGAUGAUUAUGUGUCAAUUAAGGCCAGCUAUAAUGGAGAUUACUCACAUACGCAGUCAAUGAUACAAUUAACAAAAGUAAAUCUUCAAUUAGAUAUUCCUAGAAAAAAAACAACAACCUCUACAACAGGCAAAAGAAAUGAAGCUAAUUCUAAUAAACCUGCUAGUAAAAAAAUUAAUUUUUUAUUAGAAGGUCAAUUGAAUAACAUAGAAACCAGUAUAGAAUGUAAAUUAGCAGAUAGCCCUAUUGCUAAAGUUUUAAUAAAGGUAAAAGAUACAACUGUUGAAGAUUUUUUAAAGUCAUGGAAUUUAGAUUCUUCUGAUUUACCUACUGAUCAGUUUCCAAUGGAGAAUCUUCUUAAAUCUUCUAUUUCAGUAAACGUUAAUGGUUUAUACAAUACUAGAGACAAACACUUUCAACUCGUAGUCAAGUUCACAUAUAAUGAUGAAGCAGUAGAUUUAAAUGUUAAUUUAAUUGUCAAUAAACCUCCAGGGAGUGCAUUAGCUGUUGCUCUAGUUGUUAAACUUGAUAAUAUUGAAAAUGUUGUUGAAUAUUUAAAAAAAAAGAUUAACUAUGAUGGUCCUGAUUUUAUAAAGUCGCUAUUUCAAAGUGCUACCCUUUCAAUAUCAAGUAAAUCAAUUAAUCUAACAGAAUAUGAUGAUUUUUUAACAUUAGAUGGAAAUGUUCAAAAGUCAAUUGAAUCUGGUCUUCAUGUAUACAUUGAAACAGAUAUGCAAACUGCUUUAAAAAAUUGUGCAAAGGAAAAGGGUGCUUCAAAUGUUAAAGUGAAUUUCAAUAAGCUUUCUCAUAAAAAAGAAACUAUUUACACAAUAGAUGCAAAACAUUCGAAAAAAUUAAAAACUAAAAAUGCAAAAAAAAAUAAGCAAGCUUCUUCUAAUGCGUCUAAAAUUAGCAAAAAAAUUUCUUCUUCUACUUCUAAAAAUAACAACCAAUCUUUUGCUGCUGCUUCUAAAAAUAAUAAACAAGCUUUUGCUGCUGCUUCUAAAAAUAGUAAUCAAGCUUCUACUACCGAUUCAAACACUCAAUCCUCUGAAGAAAAUGAACAAAAUGAUAAUCUCAUUAAAAUAACGUUUUUAAGAACUGGCAUUGUAGUAAAACUACCCAAGGGCUUUUCUGAAGACCUAGUGACAGUGAUGAAAUGCUUUCUAAAUGAAAUGAAAAUUUAUGUUCAUGAUGUAGUUCUUCCUGAAAUACUUGAUAAACAAAAGCAAACUGGAACAUUUCACAUUAGCGAAUUACGUUUUUUAAAGGAGGAGUAUAAGAUAACUUUGGCAUACACUGGUGAAAUAAGCCUUCCAUUUAAUCUGAAAUUAUCCAAUCCAAAAUUUACAAUCAGUAAAAAAAAAGUUCCAGAUCAACCAUGGGUAUUUAGAGGCUUUGCUGAAGUUAUUUCUGAAGCGUUAACAGAUACCACGAAUAAAGGAAGCAUAGACUUUGAGUUUGACACAAAUUUGAAGUUUAAAGUUAACAUAAACAUUCCAUUUUUGGAAAUCAAAUCACUUGGAUCAUUUUUUGGAGCUCAACCAUUUGAAGGAAGUGUUGCAUAUCUGGAAAGCUCUUUCAGUUUUGGAAUCAAAAAUCUUUACAUUGAUGGAGUAUUAGAUAUGAAAAAUAGUAAUGGAGAACUUACUAUCACUGCUUCUCCAGAAGUAAAUGGAAUGACAGGCUUAACACUUGGUGUUUUCAUUUGGAAGCUAAAAACUCCCUCAGGCAGAAUUCCUCUUGGAAUUGCUUUUGGUUUAGUUUUAAAAAAUGUACGCUUAGAUCAUGCUUUGAAGAGAUUUGCCAAUGUUGAAAUGAGUGCUUCAUGGUUAAGUGAUAUAUCUAUAGUAAUGCUGGUUAGUACUGCCAAUAAAAAUUAUUGUAAACAAGAUGAAAAUAAAGAUUUACCAGAAUGUAAAAAGCCUGAACAAAGUAGCAGACAAGCAUCAGUUUAUGAAAAAAGAGCAAUAAAAUCCCAAACAGCAAAAAACAGAUCAUUGGAAAGUAAGGAAGCUACUGAUGUAAAAACACCUAAAAGAGCUACUGAUGUAAAAGCACCAAAAAGCACACAUUUUGAAACAAUUAAUGAUCUCAAAGAUAUUGAAGUAGUAGAAGGACUUAUUUUGAAAGCUUCUGCUGAACUUAAAAGCGAAGAGAGAUGUAUGGAAAACAGUAUCUGUCUAUUUCUUGUUCAAAAAGGUUUUCAAAAACUUUCACUGAAAGGAACUAUCACAAGAUCAGACUUCCGAAUUGAAGCAUCUAUUGAAGGAAGUAUAGAUUUAAGUGGUACAUUAACUCUUAAAAAUAUAAUGUUGGUGUUAAAUUUUGGAGCCAGCGGUAAUUCAAUUAGUAUUGAGUCUGAAUUUCAUAUGAAAAAUCCAGAGCUUGUUUUUACAGGUUAUAUUAAAAUUGAACUUUCUGGAAAAUUAAGUGUUGGUGGUUCUAUGAGAGGCAUGAUUAAAGAACCAUUUAAUGUGCAGAGGCUUGCUUUUGGGAAUGUUUAUUUUGCAUUUGGUCUCGAUUUGAAGACUCUUCUUCCAACCAUUGAAAUGGGCGCCCAAAUUUGGUUUGGUAAACUUGGUGAAGAUGAAAAAAGUGACAGAUUUGAAUUCCAAGGUUAUUUUGGGUUAAGUGCAUCUAACCCCACAGAUUCCUAUAUUUACUUUAUUAGCAGUGGUGCAGAUUUGACUAUUGGAAACAUUUACAGAAUAUUUGAAAUUAACAAAGAAUUACCAGAAAAUGUUGCUGCCAGUGGUUUCAUUGGUGAAUUAAGAUUUUCUGUAAAUUUUGGUACUGCAGAAAAGACUAUCGAGAAAUUAGAUGUUACUAUACCCCCUGGUUUUAUGUUCAAAGGAAUUAUAUCUAUAUGGGGUUACAAUAUUGAUUGUGAAAUAAAAAUCAGUUCCUCUUCUUUUUACUUAAAAGCACUAUUUGAUCCGAUGACUGGUUGGGGAAAUGGAGCUAUUGAUUUGUAUCGAGAUGCUGAUAACCAUGGAUUAGGACCUUUUUUAUUAGUGAAUGUAGAUAAGAGCACAUUUGAAGUCUGCAUCAGAGGUUAUGUAAGAUUUCAUGGAAUAAAAGCAAGUCUUGAUAUUCAGAUUGAUGAAACACAUUUAUCUUUUAAAGCUCAUGGCAACUUAUUUGACGUUUUAACUAUGGAAGUGGAAGUAACAGCUCAAUAUUCUAAAGAGAAUGGAUUAGAAAAUUUAUUUUUUAAUGGGUGUGUUUCUACAAGCGUAAUAGAAGAAAUACAAAAAGCUGCCAUUGAAUAUAUAGAAGAAGCAAAAAGAAAAGCUCAAGCUACAUUAGAUAAGGCAAAGAAAGUUAUGGAAGAUGCUAAAGCAGAUAUUACUGGAGUUCAAAGUAAAAUACAGGGAUGGAAAUCAAGGCUUGAUGAUUAUAGACAAAAACUAGAGGCUAGGAAAUUGGAACUAGAAAAAGAAAGGGAACAAUUAAGUGGAAAUUGUUUCAAAGAAUGUGGGACAGUAUGUGUUCCAUUUUUUGGAUGGGUAUCUCAUUGUACUACUUUGUGGGGUUAUCCUGUUGGUUGUCUAAAAUGGGAUUCAUGUAAAUGGAAAGCACCAAAUAUUAUAUGUAUUGCUGCUUGUGAAAUUAAACGUGGUUUUCAAAAAUUUACUAGUUGGGUUGAAACACUUGGAAUACAGAUUAUGCAAGGUAUAACUUCAAUUGGAGAUCUAUUCAGUAAUGCUGCUACUGCAAUUUUGGAAGCUGCAAAAGGCAUUGUUACUUUAGGUCAGCGUGUGGUUGAUUUAGCAAAUAAAGUUGCACAGGGAGUUCUUUCUGCAAUUCAAGAUUUACUCAAUAUUCGAAUUGAUGGGUUGUGUCUCCAUGCUGAAUAUGAUCCAAAUAAGAAAACCUGUGCUGGGGCAAGUUUAAAGAUAACUUAUCAUGAGCAACAAUAUGAAUAUAAAGGAUCAAUGUGUUUUGACAGCUCUGCAUUUAAAAGUCUGGGCUCUAAAGCAGCUACUAAAGCAGAUCCUAAAGCAGAUCAUCAAGAACUAGAUUCUGGUGCUGCAAAAGUGGAUGCUGAAGCAAAUAAAGUUUUAAAUGAAUGUAAUAAGAUACACCAAAAUUUGUCAAAUUUUGAAAAAGAUGCUGAACAUAAGAAAGUUAGUAUUGAGAAUUUAGGAAAUCAACCAAAGCGAUCACAUAUUUUCACUAAAGGAGAAAUUUAUCGUCACCAGCAUAUUUAUGAUCCUUCACCAAAAGUAAACUUGAGAAAUGAUGAAAUAAAUAGUCUUAUGAAGAAUGCAGUUCCUUGGGAGUAUUUCAACAUUGAAGAUACUGGUUCCAAAAUUGCUCAAUUCCAAAAAAAUUUGUCAGUUCGUCAUCUAAUUCCUGAUGAGGAGUCUCUUGACUUAUGUCACCAGCGUCAAAAUGUUCUUUCAAGAUAUAGCACAAUAGCAGAUAGCUUCUCAUCAGCCAUUAAUAAUGUAAAAAAGGUUAAAGAAGGCUACAUGUAUAAAAAAAGAUCAUUUUUGAAUGAAAUAGAUCAUUUGAAUAGUUUGGUUCAUUCACAAAUAUUAAGCAACAUGACAUUCGAUGAACAACAGGAUAUAUUGGAGUGGAGGGAUUACACAGAUUAUCAUAUUAAAAGUUACUUAGAUAAAGCAGCAAGUGUUUUCGAGACAAGAAAACGUGAUAGCAUAAACAAUGUUCGUCAGGCUAUCAACGAUGCUAUUGAAAAUGAUCGUGGCGUUAAAUUUCCUGAGUACAUUAAAUAUUUACACUCACUUGCAGUUAAACCUGAUAAGAAAUCACAAAUAAACAAACAAUUACACAGUGACAACUCCGUAUCUUUGCAUUACAUCAAAGAGAUUCUCCUAAACGUUGUUUCUGAUGAUCGCAUAUCAACAUUACAGCUAGCUAAAGGCAUUGAUAAAGUACAAAAGAUGCUGUCGGAUAUGAAGAGAUCGAGUAUCCCUUGUGCAGCAUAAUUUUCAUAUAAAUUGAGGAUUUGAUUUGAAAAUAAUAUAAAUAUAUUUAUUUUUA